AUGACUCUGGUAAAUAGUAGACCGGAUUUGAUGAACUUAUCGUUUUCCGGAUGUGGAUUUCUGUGUAUAUAUCACGCUGGUGCUGCUGCAGCUAUUAAGGAAUUUGCUCCUCAAUUGAUACAGAAUAAAGUUCUUGGAGCAUCUGCGGGAUCGCUAAUCGGGUGUGUCCUUUUGACUGAUGUAUGUAUAUCUCAUGCAACCAGUGCGUUCCUCAAAGUCGUCUCACAGGCAAGAUCGCGGACAUUUGGACCCCUUCAUCCAGAAUUCGACUUGAUGGGGAUAGUAAGACAGGAAUUGCGAAAAGUGUUGCCUGCUAAUGCCUAUGAAAUGUGCACAGGACGCUUAAUAAUCUCGUUGACCAGAUGGAUAGACCAUAAGAAUGUUACUAUUGACGAAUACAAUUCGAACGAGGACCUCAUUGAUGCAAUCGUAUGCAGUUGCUUCAUUCCAAUGUACUGUGGAAUGACUCCGCCAAAAUUCCGAGGUGUCCAAUACAUCGACGGCGGAGUUUCGGAUAAUCAGCCAAUCUAUGACAAACACACUGUGACGGUCUCACCGUUCGCUGGAGAAUCCGAUAUCUGCCCGCCAGACUGGGAUAGUGGAAGUCUUCUUGGAUUGGAUUUCAACGGAACAUCGAUCCGAUUCACCGCUCGCAACAUGUUCCGAUUGAUGGCCUGCUUGUGGCCAAUAUCCACAGAUGAUUUGUCUAAAAUGUGUUUGCAAGGAUUCGAAGAUGCCUUCAGAUUUCUGGCCAAAUCUGGACUUGCUCCGUGCAUAAGAUGCCUCACAAUUCAAACAAUCGACGGAGAAUACACAAACUACGCAACGACGACCGAGAAUGUUUCCGAAGACGAAGCGCCAUCACUUCGCAGAAGCGUCACGUCGCCAACUCUAUCGGGAUCGAAGAUGAUCAAACGCCGAAGCAGCGCCGCACUUGUGAACGGAAGAUUUCGAUUCGACAGCGAAUGCGAGACUUGUGGAGACAGUGUUAUCGAUGAUCUUAGUGUUCAUCAAUUUUUCCCAUCGAAAAUGAAGAAACCAUUUGAGAACGCGAUAGCUGCAGAGAACUCACUAUUCCAGUAUUUCAUGUCAUUCCGGAUUUUGAGAUUUGCAAGAACUGCCUUAGGGAUUACCAAGUUUCCGCUCGAUAUUUGGCUCGCUAUUGCAAAGAAAAUGUUUGACUAUGUCGAAUUUGUCUCACCGCCGCAAUGGAUUCAUCAACGUCUUAAAAAUCUUGUUGAUUUUAUUUACUCGGAAGUUGAGCGUCAAAAAUCGAGAUACACUGACUUCUCCUGCUUCAUUGCUGUUACUGAUAUUGACCGAUAUGGAAGUAAGCUGGCACAGUCCACAAUGGAGAACGAUGAAGAACGCGAGAUUGAACUCAGCGAGGAAGCGAAACAGGAGCUUCGUAUGCUCAGAGAGCGAGAUCGUAGAAAGAAGGCGAAAAAGGCCGCUGAGGAGAAGGCGAUGGCUCCAAUUGCUAAAGCAUCCUGUGACGAUAUCGACUCGUUUGAGCACGUCGUUCAGUUCACAAAGAAUCAUGAAGCACUCUACGAGUUCCACUUUAUGGACGAAAACAACAAAAUGCACACGUUUGGAAUGUUUGUGGAUCCUACGAAACAUCGUCAUGGAAAUCACGGCGCUUCGCAAAACACAUCAAUUGGAUCGCUGAAAACCAAUCGUCUGAGUCAUGUAUUGGAAGAGGAUGAAAAAAGGGAAGUGGUGUUCAGUGGAGGAUACGUUGAAGAGGAUGAGAACAGUGAAGACGAAAAAGUCUCGGGUCUCGAGACGAAUAUGUCACCGGCGAAAAUUGGCGCUGAAAAACAUCAGUCAACGACUAGUAAAAAGGAUGCGUGCUGUUCACCGGUGCGCGACUUCUCGCCGGAACCUUCCGAUCCUCAGCAGCCCGGAAUCGAAAACUCGCCAAAAUCUGUGGGUCGCUCUCGCGGACGACGCGAUCCGCCAUCGGCGCGCAAAACGCCGCAACCGGGUUCGCUAAAAAUGUCGUCGGUGUUCUCUUCGGACUCGGAAGAGGUUGAUGGUUCUGAGAAGCUUUUUGUACCGUCGCGCAAAGCGUAUCGAGCAAUUGGAAAAGAUCAGCUUUCCGCGGAUAAUCUAAUUCAAUACGCAAUGUCUUCAAGAAACGAAAAUACAACACCACCACACAGCAAUGUUUAUUAUGAUGAAAUGAUCUCCCGAAAAGAUCAAGAAGAGGUCGACAAUCUUAAGAAAAAAUUUCACGACUUCCGCAUAUGUAAGCUGAAACAAACUCUCGAAGAAGAGAAAAAGAAAGGCUGGAUUUACAUUGGAAACGCAUUCCGCCCGCCACCAGACUUUUAA